AAAUGUGGUUGCAGAUGCACUUAGCAGAAAAUCAACUAGCACCUUAGCAAGCUUAAUGGUGAUGGAGUGGAAACUCCUAGAAGAAUUUAGGAUUUGAAUGUCAGAUUUUUGCCACCAAAGUCUGAUGUACUAGUAUCUAAUUUAAUGGUUCAACCUACACUGUUGUCAAAGAUCAAAGAAGCACAAUAGAAAGAUUCAAGAUUGAUGAAAUGGAUGAAGGAAAGUGGAAAAAGCUCCAAAAUGGUUCUUCAUAUUUCGGAUGAUGGAAUCAUAAGACUUGGAGAUAGAAUUUGUGUUCCAUAUGAUGAAGGGUUGAGGACGAAAUUGCUCCAAGAAGCACACAAGUCCAAUUAUACCAAUCAUCUUGGGAGCACCAACAUGUAUCAUGACUUGAAAGAAACAUUCUGGUGGGAAAGCAUGAAGAAGGAUGUGGCUAAAUAUGUGUCCAAGUGCUUGACUUGUCAAAUGGUAAAAGCAGAGCACCAUAAGCCAAGAUGGCAACUUCAACCUUUGCCUAUACCGGAGUGGAAGUGGAAAGCCAUCUCAAUGGACUUCAUUGUUGGAUUGCCGAAGACGAGAAGGCAAUUGCAUGCAAUUUGGUCUGAAAGGACUAUUCAAGUGCUUGAGGACAUGCUAAGAGCUUGUGCAUUAGAUUUGCCUGAGAGUUGGGAUGAUCAUCUUCCAUUGGCAGAGUUUGCUUAUAAUAAUAGCUAUCAUUCCAAUAUCAAGAUAGCACUAUAUGAAGCUCUUUAUAGUAGGAGAUGUAGAACUCCAAUUUGUUGGGUAGAAGUCGGUUAUGGACGACUAAUAGGGCCAGAUUUUGUGCAGCAAACAAUAGAGAAAGUGAGAUUGAUUCAGCAAAGGCUUAAAAUGGCUCAAGAUAGACAAAAAAGCUAUGCAGAUAAUAGAAGAAGACCUUUGGAAAUUGGAGUUGGAGAUCAUGUAUUUUUGAAGGUGUCACCAACCAAGGGAGUGUACAGGUUUGGUUUAAAAGGAAAGCUUUGUCCAAGAUAUAUUGGCCCGUUUGAGAUUCUUGAAAAAGUGGGUGAAGUGACUUAUAGAAUUGCAUUGCCUCCAAAUUUGUCAAAUGUGCAUCAUGUAUUUCAUGUGUUUGUCUUAAGGAAGUAUGAGUCGGAUCCUUACAUGUCAUUAACUAUGAACCAUUGGAGUUGAAGGAAGAUUUGAGUUACACUGAAUAGCCAGUACAGAUUUUGGAUAGAAAAGAAAAAUUUUUGAGGAACAAGACUGUGCCUUUGGUGAAAGUGUUGUGGCAGUGUUUUAAUGAGAAUGAAGCUACAUGGGAGCU